UCACCCAGCCGCCCCCGCCUGGGCCUCUGCUCCUCUGCUUCCUGCGCCUCCCUCAAGCCUCCUACAGCCUCCACCAUUAGACUCCGCUCUGGGACCUGGAUGCCCAUUUUGAAGCCUCUUCCGGCAGACUCGCUUCUCUGACUUCCCCAUUCGGCUCCCCCGGCUUCGUCCCUGCAACCUGUUGGGUCUAGAGUGUCCCACCACUUGGGACUCCGACUCCUGCACGCGUGCUUUAUGCUUCCUGCACUUAGGGCCCUGGCCUGGGGGCUGGAAGCGGGGAGGCAGAUACCCACGGACCCAUUCACUGAGGGCCUCGCCUCUGUGUUCCCCAGUCGCCAGUCCCGGAAGUCAGCCUCACGUACAGACUUCAAAGACAGAGCCAUGGCCAACGAUGAGGGGUACCGGAACCCCACAGAGGUGCAGAUGAGCCAGCUGGUGCUGCCCUGCCAUACCAACCAGCGUGGCCAGCUGAGCAUCGGGCAGCUGCUCAAGUGGAUCGACACCACGGCCUGCCUGUCCGCGGAGAGGCAUGCCGGCUGUCUCUGCGUCACCGCCUCCAUGGACGAUAUCUAUUUUGAGCACACCAUUAGCAUUGGACAAGUGGUGAACAUCAAGGCCAAGGUGAACCGUGCCUUCAACUCCAGCAUGGAGGUGGGCAUCCAAGUGUCCUCCGAGGACCUGUGCUCUGAGAAGCGAUGGAACGUGUGCAAGGCCUUGGCCACCUUUGUGGCCCACCGUGAACUCUCCAAGGUGAAGCUGAAGCAGAUCACGCCACGGACGGAGGAGGAGAAAACUGAGCACAGCGUGGCAGCUGAGCGCCGGCGCAUGCGACUGGUCUACACCGAUACCAUCAAGGACCUCCUGGCCAAUUACGUCAUUCAGGAUGAUCUGGAGAGCAGAGACUGCAGCUACAUGGUGCCGGCUGAGAAGACGCGCGUGGAGAGUGUGGAGCUGGUCCUGCCCCCCCACGCCAAUCACCAGGGCAACACCUUCGGGGGCCAGAUCAUGGCCUGGAUGGAGAACGUGGCCACCAUUGCAGCCAGCCGGCUGUGUCGUGCCCACCCUACGCUGAAAGCCAUUGAGAUGUUUCACUUCCGGGGACCAUCCCAGGUUGGGGACCGCCUGGUGCUCAAGGCCAUUGUGAACAACGCCUUCAAACAUAGCAUGGAGGUGGGCGUGUGCGUGGAGGCCUACCGCCAGGAGGCGGAGACCCAUCGGCGGCACAUCAACAGCGCCUUCAUGACUUUUGUGGUCCUGGACGCAGAUGACCAGCCCCAGAGGCUGCCCUGGAUUCGGCCCCAGCCUGGGGAUGGCGAGCGGCGGUACCGAGAGGCCAGUGCCAGGAGGAAGAUCCGCCUGGACAGGAAGUACAUCGUGUCCUGUAAGCAGACGGAGGUGCCUCUCUCUGUCCCCUGGGACCCUAGCAACCAGGUGUACCUGAGCUACAACAAUGUCUCCUCCCUGAAGAUGCUUGUGGCCAAGGACAACUGGGUGCUGUCCUCGGAGCUCAACCAGGUGCUUCUGUACACUCUGGAGGAUGACAAGUACCUCUCCUUCCACAUGGAGAUGCUGGUGCAUGUGGAUGCAGCCCACGCCUUCCUGCUGCUCUCAGACCUGCGUCGGAGGCCCGAGUGGGACAAGCAUUACCAGAGCGUGGAGCUAGUGCAUCAGGUGGAUGAGGAUGAUGCCAUCUACUAUGUCAUCAGCUCUGCUCUUGGCAAUGACCCCAAGCCUCAGGACUUUGUGAUCCUGGCCUCCCGGCGGAAGCCUUGUGAUAAUGGGGACCCCUAUGUCAUUGCACUGAGGUCAGUCACGCUGCCCACGCACCCUGAGACACCCAAGUACAGGCGUGGGGAGACCCUCUGCUCAGGCUUCUGCUUCUGGCGUGAGGGGGACCAGAUGACCAAGGUGUCCUACUACAACCAGGCCACCUCGGGCUUUCUCACCUACGUGACCACCAAUGUGGCCGGCCUCUCCUCUGAGUUCUACAACACCUUCAAGGCCUGUGAGAAGUUCCUUUUGGACAACCGGAAUGAUCUGGCCCCCAGCCUCCAGAGCCUCUAGGCACCCG